UAAGACUUAGCAUUGAAAUGAUCCAGCAGAUUAUCCUCUGAAAUUGCCAAGUGUAUGUAACCAUUUGAAGAGGGACAGACUAUUGUUUGAUAUUUAUGCUUUAACAAUCUAUAUAAAAUUGACUCUGUGCUGGCACAUAGUAAGCCUCUUGUUUAUUCAGUUUCUUGAUUGAAUAAAUGAGUGGCAUUAUGCAAUCUGGAGUAGCAGAAAACUGGUUGAGGCAGGUCUGGGCUUAAUAUAAUAGCAGGCGGAAGUGGUAUGGAGAGGAAACCCUGAAAAGGGGAACAGCAUGUUUAUAACAACAAAAGGUGGGGGGGGUGGUUAGCACAGUGCUUCUUAACCUUUCAACACCUGUCAUGGAAAAGCAUGUUUGUUUGGUUUUCUUAAAUUUCCAAUCUGCCAGGACCAAUACUUUUCUAAAAUUCAGUAACAUUGAAUUACUAGAAAAAUGGUCAUGUGAUAUAGAGGUUUCCAAGAACGUCCUUUCUAUUUCUGUGCAUUGCUCAUCCAGGACCCGUAAAGAGCAGGUCACCGACUGCCAACAGGCUGCCAGACACACUUUGAGUAGCACCAGUUUAGGGAAUGGUCUGAGAUGAAACUCCAAAGAAGUUGGAGCUGGAUUGUCAAGAAGCUUGCACACGAUUAAAGGAUUCCAGCCUUUGUGCCAUCAAAAUUGGCAUAAAUUAUCUUUUUGUAUUUGCAUCAUAGGUUAACAUGCUUACAAUUUUUGUGCUGAAUACAUGUUUGAUGAAACAUAUUUCAAAAACUCUUUUGGUUUGGCAAAUAUUGGCUAGUGUCCUAUAAUUUGCUCAGUACUUUUUUUAGUUUGGAAAUAACCUCAUUUGUGGAAAUUUGGGUUUGUUGGGUAAAGGAGCACUUCACGUCAUCCAAGGUUUCCCUCCCCUUUUCUCUAUCUUGUGUCUGUUAUAUCUGAGUUGGUUGGAUUUUACAGCAGAUUUCUCAGGAGACCAGAAAUGAUCUGUGAACCCUCCUGCCUUUGUUGUCCUGUUCUCUUACGAUGUCUUUACAGUCAGCAGGUUUUAAGAUGCUGCGAGUACAAAGGACCAAACUGGGCAGGCUGGGGCUCAGCUUCUCCAAAGGGCUUCACCACAAAGCGGUGAUGGCCCUGAGGAGGGAGGAUGUGAAUGCCUGGGAGAGGAGGGCGCCUCUGGCUCCCCGGCACAUCAAAGGGAUCACCAACCUGGGAUACAAAGUCCUAAUACAGCCUUCCAAUAGGCGAGCCAUUCAUGACAAGGAAUAUGUCAAAGCUGGUGGCAUUCUUCAGGAGGAUAUUUCUGAAGCUUGUCUAAUUUUGGGAGUUAAAAGACCCCCAGAGGAAAAAUUAAUGUCUAAGAAGACUUAUGCAUUCUUCUCCCACACAAUAAAGGCUCAGGAGGCCAAUAUGGGCUUGCUGGAUGAGAUUCUGAGACAGGAAAUCCGACUUAUUGAUUAUGAGAAAAUGGUGGAUCAUAGAGGAACACGGGUAGUGGCGUUUGGACAGUGGGCAGGUGUGGCAGGGAUGAUCAACAUUUUACAUGGAAUGGGGCUAAGGCUCCUCGCUUUGGGACAUCACACACCGUUUAUGCACGUCGGCAUGGCCCAUAACUACAGGAACAGCAGCCAGGCCGUGCAAGCUGUCCGCGACGCUGGCUAUGAAAUAUCUCUGGGUUUGAUGCCAAAGUCGAUAGGGCCUUUAACAUUUGUGUUCACAGGGACUGGUAAUGUAUCUAAGGGAGCCCAGGAAAUCUUCAAUGAGUUGCCUUGUGAAUAUGUGGAACCACAUGAAUUAAAAGAAGUUUCCCAAAAUGGAGACCUGAGAAAAGUGUAUGGGACGGUGUUAAGUCGCCAUCAUCAUCUUGUCAGGAAAACAGGUGGUGUGUAUGAUCCUGUAGAGUAUGACAAAUACCCUGAGCACUACAUAAGUCGUUUUAAUACUGACAUUGCACCCUAUACAACUUGUUUAAUUAACGGAAUCUACUGGGAGCAAAACACCCCUCGUCUGCUAACUCGCCAAGAUGUCCAGACUCUCUUGGUUCCAGGCAAGUCCUCUGUUGCUGGUGUGGAAGGCUGCCCUGCAUUACCACACAAACUUGUGGCGAUAUGUGACAUUUCAGCUGACACAGGAGGAUCUAUAGAGUUUAUGACUGAAUGUACGACAAUAGAACAUCCUUUUUGUAUGUAUGAUGCAGACCAGCAUAUUAUUCAUGACAGUGUUGAAGGUUCUGGGAUUCUGAUGUGUUCCAUUGACAAUUUGCCAGCACAGCUUCCGAUUGAAGCUACAGAAUACUUUGGAGACAUGCUUUACCCUUACGUUGAAGAAAUGAUAUUAUCAGAUGCAACACAGCCUCUUGAAAGUCAGAAUUUUUCUCCUGUGGUGCGAGACGCAGUGAUUACAUCCAAUGGUGUAUUGACUGAUAAGUAUAAAUAUAUCCAGAAACUCCGAGAGAGCAGGGAACUUGCUCAGUCACUUUCAAUGGGCACCAAGAAGAAGGUCUUGGUUCUUGGAUCUGGUUAUGUAUCUGAACCUGUGUUGGAAUAUCUGUCAAGAGAUAACAAGAUCGAAAUCACAGUAGGCUCUGACAUGAAGAACCAAAUCGAACAGUUAGGCAAGAAAUAUAAUAUUAAUCCUAUUAGCGUGGACAUUAGUAAACAAGAAGAGAAGUUGAGCUCCUUGGUGGCAAAACAGGAUCUUGUCAUCAGCUUGUUGCCUUACGCACUGCAUCCUCUUGUGGCGAAGGCAUGCAUCACAGGCCACGUUAACAUGAUCACGGCAAGCUACAUCACACCAGCACUAAAAGAAUUAGAAAAGAGUGUGGAAGAUGCUGGCAUCACAGUCAUUGGUGAACUGGGAUUGGACCCUGGUCUUGAUCAUAUGCUGGCAAUGGAAACUAUAGAUAAAGCCAAGGAAGUGGGAGCCACGAUUGAAUCUUACAUUUCCUACUGUGGUGGGCUUCCAGCCCCUGAACAUUCAGACAAUCCUUUGAGAUACAAAUUUAGCUGGAGUCCAGUGGGAGUUCUGAUGAACAUAAUGCAGCCUGCCACCUACCUGCUUAAUGGAAAGGUUGUGAAUGUGGCAGGGGGCAUCUCCUUUCUUGAUGCGGUUACUCCCAUGGAUUAUUUCCCCGGGUUGAAUUUGGAAGGCUAUCCUAACAGAGACAGUACAAAAUACGCUGAGAUAUAUGGCAUUCCAUCAGCUCACACUUUGCUGCGGGGGACGCUGAGAUACAAGGGGUAUGCCAAAGCUUUGAAUGGAUUUGUAAAACUGGGUCUUAUAAAUAGAGAUGCAUUUCCUGCCCUUCGACCUGAGGCCAGCCCUCUCACUUGGAAAGAACUCCUUUGUGAUCUGGUUGGGAUUUCCCCCUCCUCCAAGCAUGAUGUGCUCAAGGAAGCUGUCUUUGAGAAACUAGGAAGAGACAACACCCAGCUGGAGGCCGCUGAAUGGUUGGGCUUACUUGGGGAUGAACAAGUCCCUCAAGCAGAGUCUGUGGUGGAUGCUCUCUCCAAGCAUUUGGCCAGGAAACUCUCCUAUGGCCCUGGAGAGAAAGAUAUGAUUGUGAUGAGAGACAGUUUUGGAAUCAGACAUCCUUCUGGACAUUUGGAAAAUAAAACUAUCGAUCUUGUGGUCUAUGGAGACAUCAAUGGCUUUUCAGCCAUGGCUAAAACUGUGGGGUUACCCACUGCCAUGGCAGCCAAAAUGUUACUUGAUGGUGAAAUUAAAGCUAAAGGCCUGAUGGGGCCCUUUUCAAAGGACAUCUAUGGACCAAUAUUGGAGCGAAUUAAAGCAGAAGGCAUUAUAUAUACAACACAGAGCACAAUCAAACUGUAAUUAAGAAUUAUAUCUUGUUUUUAUCUUCCCAGGCAACACAGCUCUGAACAUUUGUGCAACAAACCUACUUGCUAAUGUGCUACUUUGAAAUACAAAGCUUGAUAUUUUUUGAGUCAGUCAAUACAAUGAUGUUUUUAAAAUAUAAGUCUCUAUUUUAAUAUGAAAACAUCUGGAACAGGAGAUGCCAGUAAUUACCAGAAAACUUUAAUAAUUCUACAUGUAUUUUUUCAUGUGUAUGCAAAAGUGAUGAUUGUGCUGUAUGUUAAUUUAUUGUGCAACUUUUUUCUUAUAAGAAUAUAUUUUCCUAUGAUCAGCAGAUAAACUUUUAUCUUUUUAGUAAGAAAAAUUUUUUCACACAGUUAUAUUUUUGUAUUUUUCAAAUGGAUUCAGUUAGAUACUCUUAGAUUACCCAUCUAUAAGCCUUUGCAAUAAUUCUGUUUUAUGUUUUUUCAGUAAAAUUAUGAUUUAUCUAGUAAAUGACAUUUUUUAUAGUUUUGAGUGUUUGGAAAAGGAAAUAAGAUUAAUUCAGAGUCCACAUGAUCACCUCAUUGGGGCAGAAAAAGCAUUUAACAAAAUUUAACACCCUGUUUUAAUAAAAAAGACUCAACAAACUAGGAAUUGAAAGGAGCUUUUUCAACCUGAUGAAGAACAUCUAUGAAAAACUCAUAGCAUCACAACUUACUUAAAGACUGAAAGAUUUCCCCUUGAAAUCAGAAACAAGAAAAUGAGGCUAUUGGCACUUCUACUCAACUUGUACCAGAGGGUCUAGCCAGGGCAGUUAGGCAAGAAGAUGAAAUACAAUACAUCCAGAUUUGGAGGGAAGAAAUAAAACUAUCUCUAUUUGCAGAUGGUAUAAUCCUAUACAGAGAAAAUCCAAACGAAUACUUUAAGAAAACAUUAGAACUAAUACGUGAAUUCAGCAAAGUUGCAGAACACAAGAGUAAUGUACAAAAUUGAUUAUGUUUCUGUAUAAUAUCAGUAAAUGAAACAAAAAUGAUACUGGGAAAACAAUUCAAUUUACCAU